AAGUGAAGUGAGGGAGUAAACAAGAAGAGGGUGACCCUUUUCUCAUCUCCUUUCAUUAUCUCAUCUCCUGGCUGCUUCUUGGUGUCUGGUCGAAAAAACAGUACCAAAGAUUCCAUAACCAAAUUUGAAACCACGCACAAGCACACAGAUCAAUAUAUUCAGCAAGGAAACUUCUCUAUCACACACAGAGAAAAUGAUGGUUCUGAGGGAUUAGAUUCAAUCUUGCUUCUUUAAGCAGGUUCAAGGCUAGAACUGUUUCAAACAAGGUCACGCUGGAUAAUUUUCCAUUGAAGAAGUAAUUUUCUUACCUACUUUACUCCUGUUUUUCAAUCUGAAAAGGGAGAAAACAGACUCUCCGAAGGCAAAGAAUCCCUGAGUUUCAUACUGAGAAAAUCUUAAAUUCCAGGAAAAUCCAUGUCCCAAAGCUUCCAACAAGAUAUAUACAAUAUUUCAAAUGCAUACGAAAGAUCUGUGACAGCCAAACAAAGCGAUUGGAAUAGCGAAAAAGAAAUGUUUAGAGUGCAAGAUUUUGAGAAAGUGGAUUUAUCUGGGCAGCCACCAGUGUAUGAUACCGGAGGGAUGCUGACUGAGAUCAUAAACUUGCCAUGGCGAAAACCUUCUAAUGAAAUUUUGGAUGAUCAGAUGCAGAUCCAGUCAAGUUAUAAUCGAUGGCUGCAAAAACAGCAAAUUCCUGCAGAAGUUCAUGAGGCUGAGCUUCCUUUUAUGAUUCCACAUGUUAAAGCAUCUUCUCCUCCUAUAUCUUCUUCAAUCCAGAAGUUACUUCCAAACUCAUCAGACUUUUCUCUUCAAGGAUUUCCCUUGGUUGAUAUGGACCUUCCACCUCAAUCUACUUGGAUAACUAGCAGCAGCGAUGGAGAUGAUACUACCACGAAAAUCCGAAGUAUGAUCGAGGGACAAGGACUUUCUUUAUCAUUGUCUUCGUGGAGGAAGUUCGAGGAUUUAAGGAUGGAAAAUGGUGGGAUUUACUUCCAUAAUCAAGGAAUAGGAACUUAUUCAAGUAAUCCUUAUGAUCUAAAGAAUCUUGGGCUUAAUCUGCCACGGGAUCAAAUUCAUUUUGGAUAUACAGCAUCUCCAAGAAUAAUAAAUGACUUGAAGAAUUCUAAAUAUUUGAGAUCUGCUCAAGAAUUGUUGGAAGAAUUCUGCUCUGUUGGGAGAGGGCAAUUCAAGAAUCAAAAAGUGAAAAAGCAAGAUAGAAACCCUAAUUCUCUUUUGAAUUUUGGCAGCCGGGGUGGUGCUGGGGCCUCAUCCUCGAAGGAGCGCCACCCUUUAUCUCAAGCAGGAAGGGCUGACUACCAGAGGAAAAAAGUCAAGCUAUUAUCAAUGCUUGAUGAGAUAGAUGGAAGAUACACACAAUACUGUGAACAAAUGCGAGCAAUGUUGAAUUCCUUUGACUUGGUAAUUGGAAAUGGGGCAGCAGCGCCAUACACAGUACUAGCCCAUAAGGAAAUGUCUCGGCAUAUCCGGCGAACAAAGGAUGCAAUAAUUGAGCAGCUUAAGCAGACUUGUGAGAUUCUUGGGGAAAGUGAUGUUACAAUUAGUACUGGGUUGACAAAGGCAGAGACCCCAAAGCUUAAGCUGCUUGAACAAAAGUUCAGACAGCAAAAAUCCCUUCAUCACAUGGGAAUGCUGGAUCCUGAAGCCUGGAGGCCCCAGAGAGGAUUGCCUGAACGUUCUAUUAACAUUUUGAGAGCCUGGCUUUUCGAGCAUUUUCUCAAUCCGUAUCCAAGUGAAGCAGACAAGCUUUUGUUGUCAAGGCAGACUGGUUUAUCCAAAACUCAGGUACUCGUUGCAUCUUUUCGUAUCAAAAUUGAUACGUCAUAUCUCUUGAAAGGGAAACUGAAAAUAACUUUGCUACACAACGAACUUCUGCCAUUUUUUUAUUUUUUAUUUUUUUUUAGUAUUUUACUUUCCUGGGGAAUAAUAAACUUUUCCCCAGAGGGAUUAGAAAAUGAAGGCAGUUGCUUUUGGAUGCUUUUAAUCAAGUAUUCAAUUUAUGACUUCAUUUUUUGCUAAUAAUUUGGAUGAUAUUGCAAUUUAUAAUGUAGUUGCAUGCUUAGAUUGAGAAAUGAAUAUGUGGUGAUUAAGAUACAUGAACCCCUAACAAUUUAGAAAAUUAGGGGAAAACAUAGAGUCGAGGUAAGAGAGUAAGAGUAAUUGACAAAUAAGUUUUGCUUGAGAAAGAAAAUAAAUAAAUUUCGUUGAACAAUCUUUUCCGAAGAUUAGACCCUCUAUAAAAUUAGUUGUACAUUUUGGGUAUAAGGAUAAGUAAUUGCAUUUUUUUUUCCUUUUCAAUAUAGUGAUAAAAUAUAUGAUAAGUAUUGCGAUCAAUGAUUAUAAUCCAUUAAGUUCUUAAAAUUGGCCAACAUGACCAACAAGAAGAUCUUUCAUUAGUACAAAAAUGAUUCAGCAGGCUCUUACUUUAGUACAAUCAUCUUGUUUAAUAAGAUAUAAAGUAUUUUUUUGUGAUCACAUGUGACUUUAGAGCGAAUUAUCAUGAGGGUGAUAAUUUUAUAUGUAUAUGGAUAUAUUUGUCUGUCUGAUAAUGCUAGUGUGACUUCAAAAUAUUUCUAGGAGAAUAGAAAUAAAAUUGAAAUUGUGUGUUUUCAUAUUAUUUGAACACUACUCGAGUGAUUUC